AUGGCGGUGCCGGCCGUGGCCGGCGCGGCCUUCGUGGCUGCCGGCGCGACGUCCCCGGAGGCCUCCGCGCAGCUCGUGGAGCACCUGCGCAAGACGCUCACGUGCGCCCAGGAGGUCAGCGCCGCCGCCGCCGCGGCCGGGGCCGCGGUGGCCCUCGCGGCGGAGGCGGCCUCCGCCGCCGACGCGGCGGCGCUGGAGGAGCUGGUUGCGGCUCUGUCGCAGGAGGAGUUGGCGGCGGCGCUGUCGCAGGAGGUGGAGGCCACGGUGAUGUGGGUGCAGCGGCUGCUCGAGUCGGCGCGGUUCACGGGGUCCGAGGAGGCCCUCGCGCCCGGCGCUUCCCUGCUGAGCGUGGUGCAGCCUCGCCUGCGGCACCAGAGGGACGAGGCGCUGGGGCGGUCGCGGGCGCUGUUCCGCGACAUGAAGGAGGCGGAGGGCGAGGCGGACGAGCACGCGGCGGUCUUCCGGCGGUGGGCCAUGGAGGCGGUACUCGCCAAGCGAGCUCAGUAG